AUGGAGCCGUCUCUCUGCCCCUUCCUGCAGGCGCUGGUCGGCCUGGUCGCGUGUGCGGCCGAGCGGGCCGGCAUGCUGCACGAGAUCCUGCGGCGGGCACGGCGCUGGCGGAGCCAGUCUCUCGCCGCAGAGCGCGCCCUGACGGCUGCCGACCGCAGCUGCCGCCUCGCAGCGGCGAAGCGCACGACGCUCGCGGAGGCGCUCAAGAAGGCGUCGAUCGAGGUGCGGCGGCUGACGCUGCGCGCCGAGGAAGCGGACUUCGAGGGGCGGCGGCGCGCCCUCGACGCGGCCUUGCGCGACGCGCUUCGCCGCCUCGAGUCGCUGACGGCCGAGCGCGGUCGGGUGGUGCUCGGCAAGCUGAGCGAGGUGGACGGGCGGCUACGCGCGACGUUCCGCGCGCUCUGCGACGACGGCGACGCGAGCCUGGAGUAUGCGACCACGCCGGCGGUCCUGUUCGAGGAGGGCGUCUCCAUCCGCGCGCGGCCGCCGCAGUCCGAGUGGUCGCACUUUGAGGAGCUCUCGGGAGGACAAAAGGCACUCGUGGCGGUGGCGCUGCAGCUGGCGCUGCACCCUCCCGACGCGUCCCACCCCUGCCUCUACGACGAGGUUGACGCCGCGCUCGACACGCGACGCACAAAGGCGCUCGCUGACUUCAUGGCGCAGCGGGAGGGCGCGCAGAGCAUCUUCGUCUCGCACCGGCCCGAGCUCCUCGAGGCGGCGACGAUGCUCGUCGGAUGCUACGUCGGCGAGAGCGGCGGCAGCCAGGCGGUACAUGCGGCGUUUCGGGCGACAAACAGCGCUGCGACCGCGAAGUGGCGCUGGACAUGCUCCCAUGUUGCCGACGCGGCGCCGGAGUGGCCGGCGCUGCUCGCCGCGACCACGACGGCUACUCUGAUACUCCGGGCCGACCCGUCCUACCCGACGGUGGCACUCUUCCACGUCUCGCUCACGCUGAGAAAAAUUCUGAAACGGCGUGCAGCAGAGUCACCGACGAGUCGGACGCUGUGGAUCCUCUAG